AAUGCCAGCUGAUGAAGACAGAACGACCUAAACCAAACACAUUCAUCAUUAGAUGCCUCCAGUGGACUACAGUAAUUGAAAGAACGUUUCAUGUGGAGACUCCAGAGGAGCGGGAAGAAUGGACAAAAGCCAUCCAAACAGUAGCAGACAGCCUUAAGAAACAGGAGGAGGAAAUGAUGGAUUUUAGAUCUGGUUCCCCUAGUGAUAAUUCAGGUGCUGAAGAAAUGGAAGUUUCUAUGACAAAACCAAAACAUAAAGUGACCAUGAAUGAGUUUGAAUACCUUAAACUACUGGGAAAAGGCACUUUUGGGAAGGUCAUUCUAGUUAAAGAAAAAGCAACUGGACGAUAUUAUGCUAUGAAAAUCUUGAAGAAGGAAGUUAUUGUUGCAAAGGAUGAAGUAGCGCACACGCUGACAGAAAACCGCGUUUUACAGAAUUCUAGGCAUCCAUUCUUAACAGCUUUAAAGUAUUCCUUUCAGACACAUGAUCGUUUGUGUUUUGUUAUGGAGUAUGCUAAUGGAGGAGAGUUGUUUUUCCAUCUGUCAAGAGAGCGUGUCUUUUCUGAAGACCGGGCUCGAUUUUAUGGAGCUGAGAUUGUAUCAGCACUGGAUUACCUGCAUUCAGAGAAGAAUGUGGUUUAUAGAGAUUUAAAGUUGGAAAAUCUUAUGCUGGAUAAAGAUGGACACAUAAAAAUAACAGACUUUGGGCUAUGCAAAGAAGGUAUCAAGGAUGGAGCAACAAUGAAGACUUUCUGUGGCACUCCAGAAUAUCUUGCACCAGAGGUGCUGGAAGAUAAUGACUAUGGUCGUGCAGUGGACUGGUGGGGCUUAGGAGUCGUAAUGUAUGAAAUGAUGUGUGGCCGGCUCCCUUUCUACAAUCAGGACCAUGAGAAGCUCUUUGAACUUAUCCUCAUGGAGGAGAUUAGGUUUCCACGCACUUUGUCACCUGAAGCAAAAUCUCUUCUGUCAGGUUUGCUGAAGAAGGAUCCUAAGCAAAGGUUAGGUGGUGGCUCUGAUGACGCAAAGGAGAUUAUGCAACACAAAUUUUUUUCUGGCAUUGUUUGGCAAGACGUAUAUGAGAAAAAGCUUAUACCUCCAUUUAAACCACAAGUUACAUCUGAAACAGACACAAGGUAUUUUGAUGAAGAAUUUACAGCACAGAUGAUUACAAUCACUCCACCUGACCAAGAUGACAGUAUGGAUUGUGUAGAUAAUGAGAGAAGACCUCAUUUUCCUCAGUUCUCCUAUUCAGCCAGUGGAACAGCUUAAUGUUUUGCCUUUUUUCCCAUUCAGAAACAAAACAGACUACAUUUUGGGGACCUUACUUCAAUGGACACUAGAAAACUGUCUAUAGUAUCUGAAUUACAAACUAUGUUUGUACUACAAUUUACAUGAAUUUGUCGGAAGCCUCACAGAUUCUGUAUUUAAAACAAUUCUCUGAUGCAUUUUUGAGAAGAAAACAUUUAAGAAUGGAUUUGUUUAAGUCAAACUUUUAUGCUGAAUGACUAGGUUUUUAAGAAUACGCACCAAAACGGUUUACAUUAGAAAUAAUUAAGAUAUUCAACAUAUCAGCAACUCUGACCAGAAAAAUCCCCUUAUUUUAUUUAUUUCAUACAGUUCAUUAUCUAAAUAUAGAAUCUGCACUCUGAACAAUUAGAUUUAUUUAGGAAGCUAUAAAGACUUUAGUAGCUAGUGCAAUAAUAUAAGCAACAAAGUGAACAAACUCUGGAGAGUUAAAGGUUCAAACUCACUUUGGACAGCAAUGAAGUGUCAUCCUACUCCAGAAAAUCAACUAUAGGAACAGCAUUAAUGGCCUCAGUGAGGUAGUUCAAAAAGCAAGUUAUUUUGUUAUAACAUCUGCUACAAGACAUUAUGUAUCAAAUUGAAUUCUGUGGAAUCUAGUCCAUUUCUACAUCGCACAGAUGAGUAUUCCAUUCAAGAUAGUGCAUUUAAUUAUUCCAUUUGUCUAGAAUUUAGGAGUAUUUAACAGGAUCGGCUGCUCAAAACUUAGAAAACAGUCUGAUUACCAGUCUAAUCUAAAAUGCUAUACUGCAGAAUUGCCCCACUUUGUACAGUGUAUAAAAAGCCACACACAGCUCUAAGGGAGAAAUUCAUCUGGAUGAAUGAAUCAACCAAACAGAAGUAAAUUUUGGCACUGAAGUAAUGACUUGUUGCUGCUUUUUUUUAAAGAGAAGUUGUAUAAAGAUACAUAAACAAUUACUGUUUGCAUCAUGCCAGACAAUUUCCUCACUCUUCAGUGUGCAUUCAAGGUAUCAGGCAACUGUCAGUGGUGCCUUCUGACUCUUGAAGAAGCACUUUAACAGUGUUUCCCGUGUAUAAGAAAAAAAAACUAGGUUGAAACUUCCUCUGUGUUUGAGUAAUAGGGUGUUCACGUGAAUAUAUUUUGUUUUUAAUCUUAGUGAGAAUUCCCCCAUCCCCUUUUUUUGGUUGUAUCAUGUUUCUUUGUAACUUUCGUAAAAACAGUCUUAUUCUGCCUCUCCUGCCCGAAUGACUUUAUUCCAUUGUAGGUUGCAUUUUUUUAGAUUGCUUUUUGUUUUCAUUCACUUGACUGUAUAAAAAUGAUGAAAUGUACUGCAGUUAAUUAGCAUUUAUUUUUUUAAUUUGGAAGAGAGUGUGUUGCAGAUACCCUCACUUCCCCUUUCCACGAUAAACUACUGUGGUCCAGCACAGAGAGCCCCUCACCGUGACUUUUUUUUUGUACACAAGGUUCAACGCUAGUAUUUUUACUUAUGAUAUGGAAGUUUCCCUCUAAAUACUUAAAUAAAAA